AUGGCGCGCGGGGUCAGGGUUGAUGGCGAGCAGGAUCAAGGGUCAGGGUUGAUGGUGAGUGGGAUCAGGGUUGAUGGCGAGCUGGAUGAUGAUGACCUCGACCUCCCUUCCAUCCGUUGCCUCGUCACGUUCACCGACAACGUCAAAACCGAACAGCUGACCUGUGACCUCCCCUUGUCCCCCAACCCCGGGGAGACCCUGGCCCUGACCGCCAGUGAGGGGGAGGUGAGUGAGCGCUGCCUGAUCCAGGCCCCGGCGAGGAGCUGCAGUGUUCCCAUUUCCGCUUUCAUCUUGCUGGACCCCUUGUGUAUGUGGCUGGAGAGGGUGCCUGGCAGCCAGGGAACCUCCAGCACCCAGGGGACCCCCAGCACCCACGUGACCUCCAGCACCCACCGGCCCCCCGACAUCCAGGGGCCGUGCCUCAUCUAUAGAAAGAUCCUACACAUGGUGCGGCCGGCUGUCCCGUAUAACGUGUCGGUGCUUGUGGUGCCCGAGGCGGGCGAGGUACAGGUGAGCUGGGAGGUGCCGUCCGUCCGCUUUACCCAACUGGCCAUCAACCUGCUGCACCAGGUGUCGUACGGAGCAGAAACGUCCCCCCCACAGACGAUGGAGGUGACAUUGCGCUCGGUGAGCCUGGUGAUGCGCUGGCUGGUGGCCGGUUCCCGCUACACGGUGAUGGUGCGCUCCCGGCCCGGCCCCAGCUACACCUACUUCCGUGGUGACUGGAGCGAGUGGAGUCCGGCAGUCUCUUUCACCAUUCCCCACACACCCCCAGUACUGAGUACAGGCGUGACGGUGAUAGUUUGCGUCUUGUUGCUACUCUUCCUGCUGGGACUGACUGCACUCUGCUGGGAGAACAGGAUCAAGCCACACGUUUGGCCCAGGAUCCCUGACCCCAAGAGUGCUCUGUUGCAGCUGUACGGCAGCCACAGCAAGGCGGUGGAGGUGAGCUUUGACCCAGACCACUUUGCGGAUGUGACGGAGAGCAAGGUGGACAUGCUGACGGUGAGGGGUGUUUGUACCCAACACCCUCACCCACCCCCCUCACCCACGGGGGACUGUGAAUCGGACGCCGAGAGCUGGCUGCUGCCGGGGGAGGAGGAGGCCGCAGGGGAGAGGGGAGUGGGCUACGGGGAGGGGGCAGUUGGAACCCAGGUUGAGGCUCUGGCCUCUCCCUCCACCUGCGUCCCCACCCCCGACGAAUCCUACAUCACAAUGUGCAACCUUUACAAGACGCAGUGA